GUUUGCCAACCGCUGCAGCUCCUCCGUGUGCUGUUUAUACGUUUGAAGAAAGCAAUUCACAAAUAAAUGCUGGGAAUAAUCACAUCAUCCUGCAAGUGAAGAGGCCACUUGCAUUCAAACAAGCAGGAACAACUCCGUAUACAACAGCAACGUGUACAUUAAUAUACUGUUGUAACAAUGGAGUUUAUUAAAGAGGAAUGUGAAGACAUAUGCCUAAAUGAUCCAGAACUGUGCAGAAUGGAAGAUGAAGAUACUGAGGAACAAACAGAGCUGAUGGAAGUGAAAGAGGAAAGUCAAGAACUGAAUGUAGUGGAGCAGGAACAUCAGUAUCAGAAACCUUGUAAUUUCAUAAUUGGAGAGAAACCUUUCAGUGGGUCAAAGACUGAGAUGAGUUUCUUUGGAAGAAGAACUUGUAGAACAAGAGCCAAAUAUUCUUUCACAUGCCCUCAUUGUGGAAAGAGUUUCACAGAAAAAGGAAAUCUUAAGAAACACAUAAGAACUCACUCUGGAGAGAAGCCUUUCACAUGUCAUCAGUGUGGAAAGAGUUUCUCACAUAAAGGAAACCUUAAUGAUCACAUAAGAAUUCACACUGGCGAGAAGCCUUUUACAUGCCUUCAGUGUGGAAAGAGUUUCACACAUAAAAGAAGCCUUUAUGAUCACACACCAAUUCACACUGGAGAGAAGCCUUUUGCCUGCCCACAGUGUGGAAAGAGUUUCACACAGAAAGGACACCUUGGGAACCACAUAAAAAUUCAUACUGGAGAGAAGUCUUUUGUCUGCCCUCAGUGUGGAAAGAGUUUCACGCAGAAAGGACACCUUAAGAGACACAUUAGAAUUCACACUGGAGAGAAGCCUUUCACGUGCCUUCAGUGUGGAAAGAGUUUCACACACAAAAGAUGCCUCAAUGCCCACACAGCUAUUCACACUGGUGAGAAGCCUUACACAUGCCUUCAGUGUGGAAAGAGUUUCACACAUAAAAGUAGCCUCAAUGACCACACUGUUAUUCACACUGGAGAGAAGUCUUACAUAUGCCCUCAGUGUGGGAAAAGUUCCAAACGUCUAAGUAACUUAAAAAGCCAUAUGAAAAUUCAUUCAGAUAAGAAAGUGCACUCUUGUUCAGUGUGGAAAGAGUCUCAGAAAUCAUUUGUGCUAUCACACUGGACAAAGGCCAGUUAAAUGUGAUCAUGUGUAUUCAUGCAAAUGAGAAACACUAAUUGUGUUCUGCUUGUGAAAAGCAUUUUUCCACAGAUGCCCCAUAUAUUGUAGAUACUGGUGUCUUGUGUGCUAUGGUGAAACUUUUACCAGAGCUAGUGACUUGGAAUGGCCCCAAAAAUUCCAUACUGGUAAAUAACCUAAAAAAUUUGUGAAAAUGUGUGAAAAUGAUUAACUGCUUUAGAAAUCCUGAUGAUGGUAUGGUUAUGACAGUAACCCUAGUUCCCUGAAAGGAGGGAACAAGACGCUAUGUCAGUUGCUGACACUAUGGUAAGUUCCGCCCAGGAAUGACGAUCUCUCAAGCCCUUUAUUGACAGAUGGCGCUUGACGCUCAGCCCACCAUGCAUGUGUCACCGUGAGCACAUAACCCGGAGCACAGUGUCAUUCAUUCAGGAUUUUCGACUGAAGGGAUGAGAGUACAUCUCUUGAACCAGUGAGGAAUCGGUGCGGCCAUGUAUGCAGCAUCUUGUUCCCUCCUUUCAGGGAACCAGGGUUACAGUCUUAACAAUACCGUUCCCUUUCAAUUGAGUCUCUUCGAUGCUGCGUCAGUUGCUGACACUAUGGGAAUAGUAUACCAGCAUGCUGUGCUACUGAUCCGCAUGCACCAGCAAUGCUUACUAGCCAGUAGGGUAGUUAAAAAUCAUUGACAGAUUCUUCCCUUCAUAUUGACAAAUAGAAAUGAAAGAGAAAUAGAAAAAAAAGAGAAAAAUAAAUCCAACCAUUUAAAGGAUCACAACAACCCCUCUUUCAGCACAGUUGAGUUCUCACCAAAUUUUUAAAUAUGCCAGCCAAAGUGGGUGUGAUCAGCAGUGGCAUGAGGGGAGAAGGGGGAGUAAACACAACAACUGUCUGAUUCAAAUCACUUAGCUUUGUUUAACUAUUGCAGUAAACAGCAUCAAAGAUUCUCACAAUAACUCACAAAUGCACAAAUAAAUUAUACACCAUUUUCAAGCUCACAAUACAUUACUCAUGCUGGGAAUUUGUAUCAGUAAUUUAAUAUUUAAAUAAAUGCCAAGUCAUGUACUCUGUAUUGAAAAUAUGUUAAUGUUUUUUACACUUUAAUAACUUUUGAGACUCAUUCCAAAACGUUUAUUUACAAAUAUAAGUGCUUAGAUCGGUUAACACACUCACAUUAUGGAUGGAUGGAUGGAUAGCAUUUGUGUCUGUGACAAUGUAAACCGCAUCUCAAACGAGUGACAGAGACAGUCCACCUCACCACAUAUUUAGAAAAACACUCACAUUAAUAAAUGUGUGCUGUGCAAACAUUUAAAAGGUGUUGCCCUUGACUGAAAGCCUGUCCUGUCCCUCUGUCAGCAGCGAGGGUGACUUGCGUCACGGUACUAUCAACUCGCUCAACUUAGGCGCUUGAGUGUUUGAAGUGCUGGUCAAGUGCAUGGCAAUGACACACUGACAAACCUGCGGUGCUCGUUUGUCAAAGGGGAAAUGCCACGCCUUCUCAUAAAUAAUAUUGAGGACACCCGUGACGUAGAGGUGCUGAAAUUCAGUGGAAAUCUAAACCCUGUUUGUCACAACCUGUGACUUUGUCUCAAUGUUCAUUUUAAACCCGGAAGAAGAAAACUAACCAUUUUCCUCUUUAAAUUAAAAAUAAUGAAUUUUGACAUUCUCUUUCCUUGUGUGCAAGACCUGUUAACAUCUC